CAUGCUCCCGCUUGGCUGCAUGGCGCCCAACAAGCUACCCUUCCUCCUGGUCGCGCUCCUCCUCGCGGCGCCCAGCCUCGCCUCCGGCUUCGACAUAACCAAGAUCCUGGCCGGCUUCCCAGAGUUCAGCAUCUUCAACACCAUGCUCACUGAGACCGGCCUGGCGCCCGCCAUAAACAACCGCGAGGCCGUGACCGUCCUCGCGCCCAACAACACCGCCAUCGCCGCCGCGUCCCGCGGCGCUCCCCGCCUCCCGCGCUCCUUCGUCGUCGACCUUCUCGCGCUCCACGUCGUGCUCGACUACCUCGACGCGCCCAAGCUCGCCGCGCUGCAGCGCGGCCGAAAGGGCGAGGGCUCCGUGCUCACCACGCUGCUGCAGUCCACCCGCGCCGUGCCACGCGGCGCUGGCUUCCUCCGCAUCGCCUCCGGGGCCGGUGACCGCAUCACGUUCUCCUCCGCGUCGCCCGGCGGGCCCCGGAACGCCACGUUCGAGAGGCAGGUCGUCGCUCAGCCGCACAGCGCGUCUGUGCUGCAGGUGAGCGGCUUCGUCGUCCCCCCGGGCAUCAGAUUCCCGCAGCCGUUUCCUCCGAGGGCGAGGCACAUGUCAGGGCCUCCGAGCCAGGCGCCGGCGCCGGCGCCUGGGCCCCAGCCACCGGUGUCUGGGUCCGGCCCGCUGGUUCCGACCCCGAUCAGGCCGGUGCCUACCCCUAACCUCACAGAUACUCCACCGCCGGUGCCAGAGGAGUCAGGAGUCAUUCCGAUACCUAGCGUGCACGGCGGCAUGGCAGCGAAGCUACCAUCGGCCGCCGGACACGGGGCGGAGAGCUGGUGGAGUGGACUUGCCGUGGCGCUCGGGAUCACGACUUGCCUGCUUGGGCGUUUGUAAUAAGUAGGGUAGCCUGCCACAGAUUGAUG